AUGUCGGCUCUCGUGAGUCCCGCCGGCGCGUCCAACCCCUCACACCAGGCUCGCCUCCUCAAGCGCGUCAAGAAGGUCUUCUCCCCCAAGAAGGCCCAGAACCAGCAGGCCGAGACCACCUCCUACACCCAGGAGCCUCAGCCCCUCCCCACCCCUACCGCCGCCACCCCAACCCAUGAGCACACCCAGGACGGGGAGGAAGGCUGCGCCGUCUGCGAAGACUUCGGACUCACGGGGUGCCGUAACCCCUUCGUCCCCCUCCCGUCAUCCGUGACGGCCUCCUCGUCGGCAGCUACACUCGUCGCUGCCCCCGCUCCUGUCCCCACUGCCCCUACCCCUGCCCCGUCUACCUCCUCUGCCUCCUCUCGCCCUCGCCCCGUCUCGGGCCCCGUCCCUACCCAUAACGACUACUUCGGUGGCAUGGGCUACGGCGAGUUCUUGAGGCAGGCCUGCCUGGACGACCUCGCGGCCAAGGCCACGGGGCAGACGAAGACGGUGAACAUGCUCACCCGCCUCCAGCACGACAGCGCCGACGAAUCCACCUCCGACCCCGACUCGAGCAGCGAGACCCUCGCCAACUGGGUCGCGGCCGCCACCCAGCUCGACGAGGGACCACACGCCGACUCGCGCUCGUGGAACCGCCAGGCGGUCUACGUUCCCCGCCAGACCCGUGGCCUCCCACAGGCCCAGGGGGCUGAGGCGGGCCCGGUCGAGGUGCUCGCGGACGAGAAUGACGAGACGGCUCCUGUCGAGCAGCAGCCCGCGCGGGUUGACACACCCGCCAGCUCAGACGGGUCGAUCCACGGUACCGGAGCCAGCGCGCCGCAGAUGGCGCGCCACAACCCCAACGUUUUCGGCUUUGACGUCCCUCAGCGCGCGCGUGCCACCAACCGCUGGGGAUUCCACGCCGGCAGCCCUGCCAUGACCGCGCCUCCCUCUCUCUACGGGGGACCCAGCGAAUCCCAGUCUCCGAUCCCCAACACGGCGACCGGAGAGAGGGAGACCGGAAGCUCCCUGGACAUCUCGAGCCUCUCCCGCGCACUGGAGAGCAUUCGCGACCUCAACGGUCUACACGAGGACCCCUCACCCUCCACCAUUCGCCAGAUCGGGUUCCCGACCCGGCGCGACCAUGAGGACGAGGACGACUCUGCGACGGGUCCCGCGGUGCUCGCUGACGACGGGUCCGAGGCCAACACGGAUGUCAGCUCACCACUGCUCGAGAGCGGUCCCAGGGGUCGUCCGGUCUGGAACAACCCCGCGAGCCGGAUCACAGACUACGCGGGCUCGGAGGGUGAGGACGAGACAGAGGGGUUCCAGGGAACCGGGUUUGUGGCCCCGUUCGCACGCGCCCCAGCGCACCGCGACACGUUUGGCGCGCCGUCGCCGGCCUCGUCGUACCCCACCUACAACGAGGCUGGCCGCGACACCCCCAAGAGCGAGCAUUUCGACCCAGUCGCGUACGAGCAGGCAGACGAGUUGGACGACGAAGGUUUCCCCGCGUACGACGCGUCCCAGUACGAGCCGACUCCUCACCGUGACUUUGAGAACCAGACACCCGUCGCCGGCUCGUCCACCCAGCGCGGUACGGCUCAGUACGCCGAGACCGAGCGCCUCAGCCUCAACACGAGCCAGCGCUCCCAGACCUCCCAACAGUCCAAGAGCGACGCCAAGGUCAAGGCCCCCGAAGGCAAGGGCAAGAGAAAGCAGAGCACGCCGGCGAACAAGGACAAGGACCUUCCCCCAUCCCCUGUGGAGCCAACUCCCACCCCCACCGCCCAGCCUGCUCCAGCCCCCCAGACCGCCAACACCUCCGGCAAGCCGCCCAAGACUCCAGUCCAUCACCCUCCCCAGCGCCCCGGCCAGUCGGACGCUGAUUACUACAAAGAGUACAUCCUCCGCGAGAACGGCCGCGGAGCCUUCUACCGCCAGGUUUCGGGCCUGCACACCGACCCAGCGCACCAGCUGCACAACGAGGGGCUGAGCACGAUGAUGCCGAUCCUGGAGCACGACUUCCAAGCGUACCCGGCGCGCCCGCCGCCCCACGUCCGCCUCCCAGUUCAGCACCAGCGGCCGCAGCAGCUCGGCACGCAGGGCUUCCCACCCAGCCUCGCUCGCCCCCGCCGAUUGCAGCCGCACCAGCGUCAGACCUCACAGGCUGAGGUCCCCUACCAGGUCGUCCUGGCGCAGGCGCAAGCUGCUCAACAGGCCGCGCGGGAGCAGGAGGAGGCGGAGCAGCAGGGUGGUGAGCAGGGCGCGAUGGGGGGCCGGGGCCGAAGGAACUGGAAGCAGGUUCAGAAGCAGCCCCCAACUUAG